CUUAGUUCAGUGAAACUCGCUCCAUAUUCGAAAUUUGAAUCUUUCUCCAGAAUUGCAUUUCUUUCUUCUUUGUUUGUCAGGCAGAACACCUGUUUGAGGAAAUGCCUCACCCAAAACCGAUAAACAAUGAAGAACAAAACCCAACGAAUACUCCACGAAGAUCCCCCAGAUUUCUUCACAUAAACCAAACAGCCGCAGAAAAUCGAGCAACCCCUAAUCCGUCAACAAGGAAAAUCCGUACUCCUGUUUCAUUUUCUGCACCUACAGGCUCCGCCAUUACCACAACCCAGAAGAGAGGGGUGAAAGAUACCAAGUCCAGAAGUUCGACAAAAUCUAGCAAAGGGUCUGCAAAAUUGGACCCCAAUUUGAGUAGGCUGGAUUCACCUACGACCGAGACGGAGAAGAGGGUGACAAGGAGUUCGAUUCGUAGAAGCAGGUUCGCGAGCAGUUUGAAAAACGACUGCAAUGAAAUUUCAAGAAAGACGGAUAAAAAAGUAGUUGAAUCGAAGGAUUCGAACAAAUCAAGCAAUGGUUGUAGAAGGUCUGCAAGAUUGCACGGUGGAGCCAAUGUGAGUAAAAAAAAUGUAGAAGUUUUGGAUUAUCGGAAGCAAAAUGUUGUAGAGAAGAUGGUCACGAGGAGUUCGGUUUGUGGAAAUAGGUUGGUAUAUAUUGACCUCUGUGACUCCAGUUCCGAUGAGGAUUCGGGCAAGACUGUAAGACUUUUGUCGAAAAAGGAGAAGCCCAAAAUUGGUGCUGAUAGUUGUUCGGAAAACGUUGAGAAGAGGGUUACUCGUAGCUCUAAUCGAACAAAUACGAUCAAGUCGGUUGAGAAAUUGCCUAAAGGGAAUGGUGAGUUAUCUAAAAUAUGUACGAGUAAAAAAGUUGUUAAAGAUUGUGGUGUUGAGAUGGGAAGUGGAGACAAAAAUCGUAAAGAGAACAAGAAUAUCGGUGACAAGAGAAAGAGAUGUGAAGUGGAAGAGUGUAAAGGAUGGAGCGAGGAGCAAGAAUUGGCUCUGCGAAAAGCUUACUUCACAGUAAAGCCCACACCUCGAUUUUGGAAAGAAGUUGCUCGAAUGGUUCCUGGAAAAUCUGCAAACGAAUGUUUCGACAGAAUCCAUUUAGAUCACUUAACCCCAAUUCAACCCAAAAAGCGUUCACGCCCCAACAAGAAGAAGGAACAGUCACCCCUCGCAUUUUCUGCGAGCAAAUUGCUUAGUCCAGCUAAAAUCAAUAUUAAAAAGCUCCGAUCCAGGAAAAGAACAUUUCUUGCUCAGAAAACUGUCAGACAAAUACUUCAGAAGCAGCAAAACGAAGAUCAAGAUUACGAAGCAGACUUGUUCGACAUUCUUGAAUCGACAACAGUUGAACCGUCUCUCGAUUUUAUUCAAGAGGGCACUUCGUCAUUUGCCUCGCCUACACCUAACCAAGGAUCGAAACACCAAUAUUCGAGAUUAAAUAGCUCGAAGAAAGCAGCCGCUGCUUUUGUGAGCCCACCGGUACUUAAGCAGAUCAAGAACAAGGCCCUGCAUGAGAAAUACAUAGACCAACUGCACUGCAGGGAAGCCAAGCGAAAGGCGGAAUCUUUACGGGUUGCUAAAUGGGUCGAGGGCAAAAACGACAAAAGUAAGAGCCGUUUGGAAAUGAAUUUUUCAGUUAAAGCUGCGAAAGAUGCUCUGGUUCUUGAUGCACAAGAUGCUAUCAGUCAGUUACGGAGAAUUCAGUCAUGUACGAAUGAUGACACAGAUGACGAUGAUAAUGCCAGUUAUGGUGACGAGGAUGAGGAUGAAUUUUGAUGAUUUUUCUUUCGGCUGUAAUAAAAUUGUGAGUAUUCCUUAACUGUAUUGAUUUACGCGGCAGCAAAAUUAUGAAUGUC